AUGUCCGCAGCCACCGAUGACAUGCACACUGCCGAAUUCGCCGUCCUAACAGACCUCUUCAGCGACAAUAUAGCUGCCCAAAAUGCAGCUGAAACCUUGGCCUCAAUCCAAUUAUCGGGCACCACGGAACCAGAAUCAAACAUAUCCUCCCUAUGGAGCUUCAUAAUCAAAUGCGCCUAUGAAUUCCCAGAACACCAAACUAAACUGGUCGAUACGCUAGUACAGUUGUCGAAACUCCCCGACGCAAAAGCCGCCAAUGGAGAUCCCAUUCUCCUCUAUGAUAUGCGCGUCUGGAAGGACCUCCCAAUGCUAGGGUGGCAAUUUCGAGAGGAGUGGAAUGCAUCUAUACCGACUGGACCGUCUGAUCAACGAGCCAAUGCAAUCUCGCGGAUGAUCAAUCGUGAUAAAUUCACUGCGCUCUUGAUGGCGACUAAAGAACCGGUGUUUAAUUACUCAUGGUUUGCACUUAUUACUUUCCGUGAGGCGUUGGAAGAACCUGAAACCCAGAAGGCAGGCCGAUUGGAUGGUCUCAUUCCCGUUGCUGCUACCUGGAUUCAGAUUCUCGGCGCAGAGAUCUAUACGUGGAAUGAGGAUUUUGGCCGUAGAGGUAGAGGUGGUUCGCUCUGGCAUGGAAAAGAGGGCUUUUGUGUGGAACGGUGGCACCUUUGGAGGGAGAGAUUCGGGGAGAUGGCUAAAAUGGAGGAACUCGACGAUGGAGCGAGAAGGGCGGCAGGGGAUGCUGAGCAGAUAAUGCGGAAGAUUGAAAGUCAACCUCAAAGCUAG